UGUUUCCGGUUCUUCUCAGUUGCAGAUACUCGUGAGUUUUCGGCAGUUUCCGUGGAAACUCGGGAACUCUCGCGCCUGGUAAGCUCGAACCGAUCGCCCGGUGCAGAGGCGCAGGGUCUCCGUGUAGUCAUGGCGUCCCCAUCUCGGAGGCUGCAGACUAAGCCGGUCAUUACUUGUUUGAAAAGCGUUCUCUUGAUCUACACUUUCAUCUUUUGGAUCACUGGUGUUAUCCUUCUUGCUGUUGGCAUUUGGGGCAAGGUGAGCCUGGAAAAUUAUUUUUCCCUCUUAAAUGAGAAGGCCACCAAUGUGCCUUUUGUGCUCAUUGGCACAGGCACUGUCAUUAUUCUCUUGGGCACCUUUGGUUGUUUCGCUACCUGUCGAGCCUCUGCCUGGAUGCUGAAACUGUAUGCGAUGUUUCUGACACUCAUUUUUUUGGUCGAACUAGUUGCCGCCAUUGUUGGAUUUGUUUUCAGACAUGAGAUUAAGAACAGCUUUAAAAGUAACUAUGAGAAUGCUCUGAAGGAGUACAACUCCACAGGAGAUUAUAGAAGUGAAGCUGUAGACAAGAUCCAAAGUACGUUGCAUUGUUGCGGUGUCACCAAUUACAGAGAUUGGAAAGGUACGAACUAUUACUCAGAAACAGGAUUUCCCAAGAGCUGCUGUAAACUGGAGGGCUGUUAUCCACAGAGAGACGCAGAUAAAGUCAAUGAAGAGGGUUGUUUCAUAAAGGUGAUGACAGCUAUAGAGUCAGAAAUGGGAGUCGUUGCUGGAAUUUCUUUUGGAGUUGCUUGCUUUCAGCUAAUUGGAAUCUUUCUUGCGUACUGCCUCUCUCGUGCCAUAACGAAUAACCAGUAUGAGAUAGUAUAAUCAGUACACAGGGGCUUAUAUCUCCUCAGUUUUAAGGUUAACUUUGUGAGUUAUAACAGCGCCUGGAUGGAGACUGACAUCUGCUUAGUCUGAAAAUCUACACCAGUAGGCUGAUUCGAUCAAGAUAUUUGCAUAUUGUGUUCUGUGUCCACUUUCUGUCCUAUUCCUACAGCCCUGUAACCCUGAAACACUGGAAGUGCUAGUAAAUUGUAAAUGAAAUAAUACCAUGUUUCCCUUGGAUUUGAUUUCUCAGUGUAGGAAUUGUGAGAAGUGCUGUGAACUUGCCAUUUCCCUAACAGUGUCACCGAUGGAACUUUAACCCCUAUGAAUUUGUCGUGGAUGUAGUGUGAGAGAAAAUAGGCCUCCUUGAGUGAACCUUGUACUAGUCAAGAUUGUCUGGCUUGAUUAUAUAACCUGCUUCAAAAAGGAAAACAUUUCCAUGGCCUCUGCUGAUAGGCAGAGUUGCAUUGUAUAAUUUCAUUCCAGCUGGCCAUCGGAUGGUGCCCAUCAUUGGCAUUCCUGGGUGGUGGUACCAGUCUCAGGCUUUGGGUGCAAAGGAUGGAGACUAAGAGCCACUACUUGUAUUCUGUGAUACAUCAGCUUUCAGCACACAAUGUAUGUGUUUUUGUCACCAAACUAAGGCAUUUAUACUGAUUAUACUUUGUUAUUUGAAAGGUUAUAAUUACUAUAAUGGCAUUAGAACUCUUGUAUUUUCCUUAUGAAUUUACUGGAACUUACUUGAUUAACUUUAGCUAGAUAUUCCUCACCAAGCCAAUCAUACUUCAUACCAACUGUCAACAUUUUGGUUAAUUUUAAUAGUAUUCAUUUUGUUUUGUAUCCUUGAUUAAUAAAUAUAAAUCCUUUACACAAUAAAUACUGCAUUUCCUCUAAAA